AUGGCUCUCAGCUUCUUUAGUGGCGGCGGGAGCGCCAGCAGUGCGAAGUACUUCGACAUUAGGUUGAAUGAUGAGUAUAUCGUUUUUCGUGGCGGUGAACAUGAAGCCGCCAGUGCCCAUCUGCGGGGCACUCUGAUCCUCUGUUUGUCCGAGCCGCUCACCAUUAAACACAUCCGACUCCAGCUUACGGGCAUGUCCCGCGUUUGCUGGCACCUUCCCUCCAGUGCAUCCGCCGGUGGCCGUAAGUCAUGGCGUGAACGUGUGUUCUACGAGAAAACCUGGAGCUUCCGGGACCCAGGCAAAGGAAAAACCGAGGUCCUCCCCGCAGGCAACUAUGAGUAUCCUUUCGAUGUGAUCCUUGAGGGCUCCAUGCCCGAGAGUGUGGAAGGUCUUGCCGAGACGUGGGUGAUGUAUCGCUUCAAGGCCGAGAUCGGGCGCAAGUACGUCAAAGACAUUACUGCGCGCAAACCGCUCAGGAUCAUUCGGACUUUAGAUCCCAGCGCUCUAGAGCUGUCACAUGCAAUGUCCGUGGACAAUAUUUGGCCCAACAAGAUUGAAUACUCCAUCAGUACUCCGACGAAAGCCAUCGUCUUCGGCACCGCCAUCCACGUCGAUUUCAAGUUGAUCCCCCUUCUCAAGGGUCUUCGCAUCGGUCAAAUUACGUCACAGUUAAUCGAAACACACGACCUUACCCUCAAUCCGGAAGACCCCGAUUCCAUUCGCAACACAUACAAGACCACACGGACAAUCCUGACCGACGAGCAUGAGUUAGACGAGGACAACAUUGAAAUCAUCGACGAAGCAGCAGAAGGAUACCAAUGCUCGCGUGUCCUAGACAUGCCCCAGACCUUGACCCGCUGUCUGCAGGAUACGGACACCAAGGGAAUCAAAGUCCGCCACAAGUUGAAGUUCCGUAUACAGCUACACAACCCCGACGGCCACAUCAGCGAGCUCCGUGCUACGCUGCCAGUUUCGAUCUUCAUCUCACCACACCUUGCCAUCGACGACAACAACAAUCUUACCGGGCAAACCCCUCAAUCUACCCGGAUUGCUGUCGAUGAGUUCGCGCACCAGGCGCCUCCCCUUUAUGGCGAGCACACAUUCGAUCAGCUGUAUAGCGAGCUGGAUCCCAGCGGCUAUCGCACACCAGGUCCCGGCAGUGGUCCGGGCACGCCAUUCACUCCCCUCAGUCGCAACAUAUCGUCAGAAAAUCUCGCCUCGAUGAACGCCUUGACCAGCACGGAUAUCUCGGCUUCGGCACUGCACCAUCGUCUCAUAAAUCUGAACGCAAGUCCUCUCCACCAUUCCGUCAAUACCGGUACAUCCGCUCCGAGCGAGGGGCUGCACGGGCUCCACGGAUCUCAAUCCCCGACAGACGGACACAACAUUAGUCGCCAAUUGGGUGUUUCUAAUGACUACUUCGGAGCGGUUUCCGGAUCCAACUCACACAGCCAUGGCAGCCCAGAACUCUCCCGUCGGCCAUCCGAUGAAGUGGACCCUGAAGUCCUUCCCUCGGGCAUGGCAACUCCCUUCCACCCUCAGUAUGACGAGGUGGAAACCCUCAGCCGGGUUCCCAGUUAUUCCACUGCAGUGCGCUGCGCCGUGCGUCCGCGUGACUCUGGUCUCCCUGAUUACAACGCCGUGAUCGCUAGCAGCCUUCCCACCCUGUCGGUUCCGCAGUCUCCCCAGCAGGCUUAUAUCCGCAGCGGCCGUACAAGCGGAGCUGCGACUCCCCUAGAGGUGCCUACCCGCUCCGGCUACUUCAAUUCUCACGGCACCGUUGCUGAUGAUGAAGAACGCAGACUUAGACUUGUGCAAGCUCGCGCCAGAGCAUGA